AUGGGCGAGAACACCAAGGAAGAGGCGCCGUUCCCUCUGACUGAUGUGGACCGGCACGUCCUUUCCCAAACCGAUGAGGAGUUCGAACCUCACACGUGGGACGGGCUACGGGAACUCCUUGAGACCAACCGGCUCUUCCUCCUCAAAAGAAAGCCGUCCGAUCUGCGGCGGUACAUGGAGUGGACUGCUCAAACCAAGGCCAAGUACGGGAGCAUAACCGACUACCUAAUUGCCCACCGUCUGCCCCAAGCCUGGGGUCGGCCGCCCUUCAAGCCAGUCUCCGAGACUCCGUUCGCGGACCCGUCCGACUACCGCGUGCUGAUCAAUGACUGGCCGUACGGAUUUGUACCGGGCAUCACCCAUCUCGUCGUGUGGUCGCGCACCCCGAUCCCGGUAGACAACACCGUCGGCGACAUGACGCCUGAGAGCAGGCGGACGGUGGCCGACUUCAUCAAGCGGUAUUUUGUCGACAGCCUCGGCCCGGGAGGCGAGGACAAGGUGAUGUGGUUCAAGAACUGGGUGGCGCUCCAGAGCGUGCGGACGGUUGACCAUGUGCAUGUCCUGGUGAGAGAUGUCGAUCCUGCUGUGCUGCAGGAGUGGACCAAGGAACACGAGUGCCAUAAGUCGCCGUAG